GCGCUUGCGUGUCACGUGACUGCCCUGGGUGGAAGCAGCAUGGCGUGCGUGAGUGCGGAGCUCCUCCACAAACUCUACUUUAUUUGCACUUAGUUCGUCUUCACACUCAAUCCAUCAAAGGGGAGGUGAACGUAUUGAAAGCUGGAAUACCGCUCGCAGCAUGGACGAAGGGAAUAAACUCCAGUUCCCGUCCCUGCCCGCCGCCAAAGAAGAGCAGCUGGACUGGGCAUAUCCAAUGAGAAGGGAGAUGCAGGAAAUCCUCCCAGGCUUGUUUCUUGGCCCCUAUUCAGCUGCUAUGAAGAGUAAGCUCUCAAUGCUAGAGAAGCAGGGGAUAACUCACAUUGUGUGUGUCAGACAAGACAUUGAGGCCAACUUUAUAAAACCAAACUUCCCCCAUAAAUUUAGGUACCUAGUUUUAGAUAUAGCAGAUAACCCUGUGGAAAAUAUUAUUAGAUAUUUCCCAAUGACUAAAGAAUUUAUUGAUGGAUGUUUAGAGACGGGGGGAAAGGUACUUGUUCAUGGAAAUGCAGGGAUAUCAAGAAGCGCUGCCUUAGUUAUUGCCUACCUUAUGGAGACAUUUGGUGUGAAAUACAGGGAUGCCUUUAGUCAUGUACAGGAGAGACGAUUUUGCAUUAAUCCUAAUGUAGGCUUUGUUCAUCAGCUACAGGAAUAUGAAGCAAUAUAUCUUGCAAAGCUUACCAUCAAGAUGAUGUCACCCAUUCAGCUGGGCAGGUCUUUCUCCAUCCAAGCUGGGAUGCCAGGAAGCCUAAAGCGGACACUAGAAGAGGACGAAGAUUUCGGGAGUAUGCAAGUUACAGCAGCACAAAAUGGAUAGGCUUUACUAAAAAAAAAAAAAAAAAAGAAGUGCUUAACCACAGUGGACUUUUCUUUUUACAUUUUUAUUGGGAUUAAAAAUGUAAAUAUUUGUACAGGGGUUGGGAGGGAGAGACUGCUCCUCGUGACCCUUGGGGCUGGGGAAGAUUUGAUAUUUUUUUUGUUUUCCUUUUUGAGCUGUAUGCACUGAAAUUUUUUGCAGUUUUAUAGUAUUUAAAGCAUUUUGCAUUUGCAGCGGGACAGUAUUGCAAUAAUGCACUUUUGAUACUUGAAUUACUGUUACUUUGUUGGACGGAUUUGGGUUGGGACGGGAGGGGAUCGAAGAUCGGCACUGUCACUGCCGUAGAAACGAUAAGAGGAUGAAUCAGUCUUUAUGUGGGGAAUGAAUUCAGACUGUGAUACGGAAAGACGCAUUUGCCAUAGAAUUAACAUCCCACUGCUCAAUAAAAGAUGGCUACUUACA